CGUUUUCGACCUUCUGUCUUUUCUCUUUCUUCUGUGUCUUAUCUUUCUUUGUUCAAAAAGAUAAAAACUUGAAAACAAAAAAAUAAAAAUAAAAAAAAGGGAGAACGAAAGAUGCCUCUCCUCCUAUCUCUCCUACAGUCUUUCUCUUCCAAUCACACUUGCCAUUCUCUAAUAUACUCUGAACUCUAAAGAGAGGAGGUAAAUUCUCUGAUAAAUUUCGUGUCUUCGUACCAAAAAACAUAUUUUGUAUCAAUUCCUUGCUUUGAUUCCCUUUUGUUGUUUAUUCCCUUUCUAUAUAAACAAUUUUUGGGAGGUUUGGUUCCAUGGUGGGGUUUUUGUUGCUUUCUUGAUUCUUUGCCUUUUUCCAUUUCUUUAUCAGAUUCCUCCACUCUUAUUUUGUCCCUUGAUUUUUAUUUUUAAAUUUUAGAAUUUUGUUUCAAGCACCCACAUGCAUGUUCCUGGAUUUGUCUGAUCUGGAUUGGAUCACAAGGAUGUUUUGUUCUUUCUCAACUUGCAGAGAGAGAGGGAGAGAGAGAUAGAGCGACAGGUGGUAGGGUUGAGUGCCUCAGGUUCCUUGGGUGUGUAAUCUUGGUCUUGGUCUUUUGGAGGGUAACAGAAGAAGCAAAAGAAGAAGUGGAAGAAGAAGAAGCGGUCAUUCAUUGCAUUCGAGUGUUGGAUGAUUGAAUUGGAGAUUUGAUUGCUUGUAUUUGUCUGGGUGGCGAUAUCUACCCCUGAGGCAUGGCGGGUAUUGAUAUUUCAAAAUAUGCUCAUAGCCCUGUGCACAAGGCCAUUGUCAUGAAGGAUUAUGCCAGUCUCAAGCGGAUACUCGCAGGUCUCCCACGCCUCUGUAACCCAGCCGAAAUUCGCACUGAGGCUGCUUCGUUGGCCGAGGAAGAGAAAGCUGAUGCAAUCGCUGCUGUGAUCGAUCGGCGAGAUGUUCCAAACCGUGACACCCCUCUUCACUUGGCUGUAAAGCUUGGUGAUGAGACAGCAACCGAAAUGCUUAUGGUUGCUGGGGCAGAUUGGAGCUUGCAGAAUGAACAAGGGUGGAGUGCGCUCCAGGAAGCGAUAUGCCACAGAGAAGAAGGGAUUGCCAUGAUAAUAGUUAGGCACUACCAGCCAUUGGCCUGGGCAAAAUGGUGUAGACGGUUGCCUCGCUUGAUAGGAACUAUGCGAAGGAUGAGGGACUUCUAUAUGGAAAUUACAUUCCACUUCGAGAGUUCUGUGAUUCCUUUUAUUUCAAGGAUUGCCCCUUCGGAUACUUACAAAAUUUGGAAGAGGGGUGCGAAUUUGAGGGCAGACAUGACUUUGGCUGGGUUCGAUGGUUUUAGGAUUCAGCGGUCAGAUCAGAGUAUUAUUUUCCUUGGCGAUGGGUCUGAGGAUGGGAAGAUUCCUCCUGGUUCACUUUGCAUGAUUUCACACAAGGAGAGAGAGAUCAUGAAUGCUUUGGAUGGUGCUGGUUCUCCAGCUACUGAAGAAGAGGUUCGACAGGAAGUGGCUGCAAUGUCUCAGACUAAUAUAUUCAGGCCCGGGAUUGAUGUGACUCAGGCAGUUCUCUUGGCACAAUUAACAUGGAGACGACAGGAGAAAACAGAAAUGGUGGGUGCAUGGAAGGCUAAGGUAUAUGACAUGCACAAUGUGGUUGUGAGCAUCAAAUCUAGGAGAGUCCCAGGGGCUAUGACAGACGAUGAGUUGUUCUCAUCUUGCAAUGAAAAUGAAACAGAUAGUGAGGAGCUUAGUGACAUUUUGACGGAGGAUGAGAGGAGACAACUUGAAGCUGCUCUUAAGUUGGAUACAUCAGAAUCGGCUACUGAUAAUGGUGAUGAGAUUAUUGGGCAUCGCCAUAGUUCUUACGAGCACAGGGAGAUUCCUGUGGAAGAUGUGAAUGGCUGUAGAAAUGGAGAAUCUAAGCAGGAAAAGAAAGGAUGGUUUGCUGGAUGGAGGAAACGGGAUUCAAAAAAUGAAGCACCAAAGAAGACUGUUCCACCGAGAAAUUCUCUCUGUGUAGAUGACAAGGUGAGUGAUCUACUGGGAGAUUCUCCCAACAGAAAUCAGCCCAAACCAGGAAGACACUCUGUGGAGAUUGUCAUAAGAGGGGAUGAGCACCGUAGAGGGAGGGAUACCAAAACAUCUUCUUCUAUGAGCUCUGAGAGCAGAAAUCGCCACAAGGAUGCUGUCCGCGAGAAUGAGUAUAAGAAAGGAUUGAGGCCUAUUCUGUGGCUUUCCCCAAACUUUCCACUACAAACUGAAGAAUUGCUGCCAUUGCUCGACAUUCUGGCAAAUAAGGUUAAGGCAAUUCGUCGUUUGAGGGAACUGCUUACUACCAAGCUUCCAAUGGGAACCUUUCCUGUCAAGGUUGCUAUCCCAGUGGUUCCCACUAUUAGGGUUCUGGUUACUUUUACCAAGUUCGAAGAACUACAGCCAUUGGAUGAGUUCUCAACGCCCCCUUCAAGCCCUUCUGCUGCAGGGCGAGAGAGCCCAGCAGUGAUGAAUUCGUCGAGUUCAUCUUGGUUUCAGUGGAUAAAAGCCCCUUAUCAACGCCCUAGCUCAUCCACUGCCAGCUCUAGCAGUAGGAUAGAAAAUAUUCAAGACCCAUUUGCAAUUCCCCAAGAUUACUGUUGGAUUACUGCUGAAGCUAAGAAAAAGAAGAUGCAUGAGAAGAACAAAUCAAAGAAAGGAAAAAGUCAUAAGCAAUGAAGACGGUUUCAAAUGUAAAACGAUAAUUUAUCUUACUAAGGGAACUCAGCAGAUACAGAUAGGACAUAUAGUUUCAUUAAUCUAUAAAUUCAUGAUAGUGAGGGGAAAAAGUAGGGCCUUGCUUUUCUAUUUGGAGAGUUACGAUCCACGCUUUUGGUCAAAGGGAAAAUCCAGUAAACUAUUAUUGUGGGGGUGGAAAAUAGAAACGAAAAUUGUGAUUUUUGCAACAAUUGCUUGUCGUUGGUGGGUGUUAUCACCAUUUAGAUUACUUUGAUUCACUUUCAUCCAACUGUCUGAUUUACCUUUAAUCUCACAGGGAGGAUGAACAGUCCACUCCAGUCCAGUUUGUAUGAGGUUUCAUUUACAGCUGCAGAUUACCCUUUAUAAUUUCCGGUUUUCUUUUUCAUUUUUACUGUCAAUAUCAAGAAUUUGUAACAAGAUGAACAGUUCAUUUA